AUGGCUACGGACGCCCCAAAGAUCCCCCGCCAGCAAGCGGUUAAGCACCCCUUGCCUGUUCAGCGACUUUUGUCUCUAUUGAACCACAUUUCAGAACAGCCAGGCCACUUCAUAUAUUCAAUCUGGCUGUUUACAUAUAGUGACCUUAAGACCAUCAUCGCCACUAGCUUUGGCUUUGGUCUACUUACCUCGCUGGGGGCAGCAUCCUUCGGGAUUGAUCCCGCGCCUGCAUGGUCAAUAUGCUUCCAGCGAGUGCCCCUCGCCCUAUUAUGGACAUGGCUGAACCUUCUACCUUUUACGAUCGACAAUCAGCGCCAACCAGAGGCUAUCAUGGAAGAUUCGCUCAAUAAACCGUGGCGAACCAUGCCGUCCAAACGCAUGACGGCAGAACACGCCCAGGUGGUGAUGUUCAUUCUCUAUGCAAUCGCAUUAGGUACCAGCAUCCGGGUUGGCGGACUCGCACAGUGCAUAACGCUCAUUGGACUCGGCUUCUGGUACAACGAUGCGAGGGGCGCGGAUAUUAGCUGCAUUCUGCGCAAUCUCAUCAACGGGCUUGGCUUCAUGUGCUUCACUUCGGGCGCUGCGCAGCUGGAGCUAGGUCCAUCCCAGUGGCAAUCAUUCAUCCGGACAGAUGGACUGGGUCUACCAUGGCUGGCCAUCAUUGGCGCGAUCGUCUUUACCACCGUCCAGACCCAGGAUAUGUAUGACCAGGCCGGAGAUAGUGCUCGAGGCCGGAAGACGCUGCCUCUGGUGAUUGGUGAUGCUAGCGCACGCUGGGUAACAGCUGCAACCAUGGUGUUUUGGGGCAUCGUUAGUCCUUGUUACUGGGGUUGGCUGCGGACUGGCCGGAGCGGGGUCCUGUUCUGGGGCGGGGCCUACAUGGCAGCCCUUGCAUGCAUCAUCGCCGGUCGUACUUUGACGCUGCGCUCCGUCCCUGCUGACAAGAAGACCUUCUUGUUGUGGAAUUUGUGGUUGGUCAGUCAAUACGCGCUGCCGCUGUGCGCUGGGCUCGGACGAGCAGGUGGGGUGUGA